CGUUGACCCGAUCGGGUGCUGCGCCGGCGCACGUACUACUUGCCGCGUAUGUAAUCUCGCACAGGAAGUUCGAUCUCGAUGUAUGAUUUUUUUUUAACAACGUGCCAUUUAUCUUCCAGUGAUUGAUUUUUAUCUUUCGUAUAUAUUUGUUAACUGUUUUAUGACGGUUAUCGAAACGGAACAGCGUCAACAUGUUUCCUCCAAAACAAUGCACGUUUUGGUGUCUCGUGCUUACGAGUUUAACGUUGACAACUGCCGAACUCUUUACUGCAAUAUCAGAGGUCGAACCUCUCCUCGAAACGCACAAACGGAUUAUAGAUGACCUCGACGAUUACAUUCAUAAAGAAGAAGAAAGGCUGAAUAUUUUAAAAAGGCAUUUAAACAUUUAUAAGAGAGAACAUCAAAUAGCAAUGGAAGAUAUCCCCAAUUACUUGGGGAACCCUAUAAAUGCGUUUACUCUCAUAAAACGGCUAACAUCGGACUUGGAUCAUAUCGAACGAAGCAUUGAAAUCGGAACAGAAUAUAUUAAGAACUUAACGGUAAACCACGCCGACGUCAAGUAUCCGACAUUGGAAGACCUCGCCGGUGCGGCACAAGCGCUCACGAGGCUACAGGAGACAUAUCAUUUGGAUGUCGAGGAACUGGCUGAAGGUCGCCUCAAUGGUGUUAUGUACAGUACGUCCAUGAGCGCUGGCGACUGUUAUGAGCUCGGUAAAGCGUUGUACAACGAAAAGGACUACACAAACGCUUUGGCAUGGAUGACUGUAGCCUUGAGGAAGUAUAGGGAAGAGAAGCAGCCGUAUAUGUUCAAGGAAAUCGACAUUAUGGAGUAUAUUGGAUUCUCACACUAUCUGAUGGGUGACGUCAAAACUGCGUUAGAAUGGACAAAGAAGAUGUUGGCCAUAGACCCUAAACAUGUACGAGCGCGCGGCAAUGUACCGCAUUAUAAUAAAAUCAUUGCCGAAAAUGAGGAAAAACUGCGGAAACGGCGACGAGGCGAAACUGGCGAAGACGCAGAGGAAGAGUAUGUGAAGCCAAAAGAGAAACUUUCCGCGUACGCUAAGGAAAGAAAAGUGUACGAGAAAUUGUGCAGAGGAGAAAUGGACAUACCGCAAGAAAUCGCCAAGACGUUGACAUGUAGAUAUUUGACGGAGAAUCAUCCAUUCCAAAAGCUUGCACCAGUCAAAAUGGAAUACAUGUACCGCAACCCGGAUAUUAUUAUGUUCUAUGAGGUGCUCAGUGAUGAAGAGAUUGAAUAUAUUAAAAACAUGGCGAGGCCAAGAUUCCGGCGCGCGACAGUGCACGACCCGAAGACGGGCGAGCUGGUGCCGGCGCACUACCGCAUCAGCAAGUCGGCGUGGCUGAAGGACGAGGAGAGCGCGCUGGUGGCGCGCGUGUCGCGGCGCUCGGCGCGCCUGGCCGCGCUCAGCGUCGCCUCCGCCGAGGAGCUGCAGGUCGUCAACUACGGCAUCGGCGGCCACUACGAGCCGCACUUCGACUUCGCCAGGGGAGCCGACCUCACCACCUAA